AUGACCAAGCCAACAGCGCCCAAGGAAUCACCGAAGGAAUCGUUCCUCGAGGCGCUACCAGUCGAGCUUCUCGUUCACAUCUUCCGCAAUGCUCCCUCCUUCAAAGACGCCUCAAACUUGGCACUUUGUUCCAACCAGCUUUACGCCGUCUGGUGCCAGCAUCUUAUUCCAAUCUGCAACGAAAUUGCCCCGGCCUGCGUCCCUAACUACUCUGCCUUGCGCCAAUUGCUAGCCGAUGUUGGAAAGCUACCCCUACACACCCAACCCAGCACCAUCGAUCAAGUGAAACUCAUCCUCGAUCAAUCAUCGAGCCGCCGAAAGGGCCUGCUGCAGUGGUACAACGUCUUCGUUGACAAUUACGAGCGACGCGAUCCGCAAACACCGAACGAACUGUCGCCGACAGAAGAAAGGCGAUACGUUGGCGGGAUGUACCAGCUGAUCGGGCUGUUAUCAAUCGACAAGACCACAAGGCAGCAGCGCAUCAAGGACAUGGACCUCAAGACGUUGUUUUCACUCUCCGACUACACCUGUCUCAUUGACCCAUACCUUAUUCCGGAGUUGGAUUUCACUGUCGAUGAGAACCUUGGCGCGGCUGUCGAGAAUAAUCCGGUGUCGGUUCGGAGCCUGCAGAUUGAGCUUCGUCGGCAGCGCAACAAGUUCUUCAACGAACUGUACGAUCACAAAUACCACCCGAAAGGACACACCCCGUACGAGGAAGGCGGGCGCUAUUCGUGGUGGUGCGAUUGCCAACAGGAGACGUUCAAGAGUAUGUUGACCGGACGUGUGUUUAGCGAGGAGGGAGCCGUGUCGAAGGUCAGGGAGGAUCUGUGGUAUGACAGCGAGGCGGAGUGA